AUGUCUGAACCCAAGCGCCCCCGUCUCGACCAGACGGGUCUUAGCAAUCCCCACGCGACUGAGCAGGCCGGGCUUAGCACCAACUCUUCUCCCGACGGUCGACGCCGCUCGAGCUCGGGCAGAACGGAGGGUCGCCGCCGCUUCGAGUGUACUUACGCAGGGUGUGGUCGCAAUUAUUCACGCGCGGAGCACCUUUACCGCCACCAGCUCAAUCACAAUCCCAAGGAAAUCUACAAAUGUGACUACCCAGGAUGCUCCAGAACGUUCGUCCGACAGGACCUGUGCAUUCGCCACAGGGAGCGGCAUGAGAACUAUGAGAGUCGGAGAAAGUCGAUGUCGAAGCACCCAGACUCUACUCGCGAGCCAUUGUCCCCUUCACUCAGCGAGGAGGCUGUCAACAGUCCCACGUCCCCAACCUCGAACACGUUCACGACGCCGAGGGCUGUCUCAGAUGCGAUGCAAUCGCCUCCUCUAGGUCGGGCACCUUAUUCGACAGACUCCACUUUCAAAGUCACUAACCUGCAAGCCAUUAUCGACCAAAAUGUCUCAGAGACGAAUGAGACGAGCAGCCACAUGCCGGCAGACGUUUUCCAACAGCCGCCUGUGCCGCAUGAUCUUCACGCUGUUCUGCAGCCUCCUGUACAGUCCGGCGAUCGGGUACACGCAGAGGCAUCUACGGGGUCAUCGUCCGCAACCGGAAGACCCUCUGGAAUUCCCGACAAUAUGUUCGACAAUCUAAAUCCCUCUGUGUUGAACAGGUCGAGAACCCUUUCAAGCAGUUCCAGACUUCCGACAAUCGGUGACCCACAGGUUUCUGAGGGCGCAUCAGCAACGUACCCUCUGCCCAGCCUAGGGGACCAGACCCUGAACGAUUCGCCUCUGUCCGUCCGAGACGAGUUUGCUGCCUGGCUGUUUGAGGACUCCAGCGCGUUCCACUCCGCUCCAUUCUCAAUAGGCACCCAAGGAGGCCUGGGAUUUUCCGCUGGUUCCGACACGUUUGGCAAUGCAGUUUACUCCAACUACUUCGCCGAGCCAGGAUUGGAUACAGCCUACUCCAUGGGACAUCAACAGUCUGAAGCGGUGACCAAACUACCUGAGCUUUCCAGUGACAGCACAUUACUGUCGCACGCGAAACGGAAGUCCCUGAUUUCAUUGAUGGAAUACCGCUUCAGUGAAGGUGACAAUCCAUUCGUGCGGCAGCUCAGGGAGCAGAUAUUCCAGGGUAACUUGGAUUCAGAGGAGCACGUCCUUAGUAUCAGGUCCAUGCAGCAUUAUAUCGGCUCUUACUGGUACCAUUUCCAUGCCCAGAUGCCCAUCCUCCACCAGCCUACUUUUUCCGCGGACGAAAUCCACGAGUAUCUGCUACUCGCAGUCAUGGCCAUUGGUGCUGCAUUUCUGAACAAGGCCCAUGGUCGCGCCGUGACAGAUGCGGCCGCUCGACUCGCCACCUUUAUCGCUUGGCACUUACGGUGGCAGGUCUUCAUGCAUGGCGAUUUCCACCCUCCGGCGAAGCUCUGGGUCUUCCAAACGCUGAUCCUACUCGAGAUCUACGAGAAGAUGAACGCGACCAGGAUGCUGCAUGAGCGCGCGCAUAUCCACUACGCCACCACGAUAAAUCUGAUGCGACGCGGGACCGCGCUCGUCGAGACUGCGACCCAAGAUUCCUCGCGGGCGCCAGCGACUCCGGAAGAAUGGUGGGGGAGGUGGAUCAUAGCAGAAGCGACACGACGUGCAGCGUAUGCGGCUUUCUACCUUGACGCCGUUCACGCGACCAUGUUCGGGCAUGCAGCGAUGAUGGUUGUGCACGAGAUCCGCCUUCCACUGCCCUGCGAUGACGCUCUGUGGUCAGCCACAUCUGCUGCCGAAGUUGGACGCGUGGAAGCCAGUCUGCACGCCAACGGCAUCAAGCCGACAACGUUCCUGGACGGGCUGAAGAAGAUCCUGACCGGUCGCAAAGUCCGCACCAACAACUUUGGGAGGAUGAUCCUCAUGGCAGGCCUGCUAUCUGUCUCGUGGCAUAUGAACCAGCGGGAUCUUCAGGUUUCCAGCCUCGGCGUUUCGCAGACGAUGGGUGUGCCGGAUGGAUGGAGGACUCCGCUCACCAAGGCAUUUGAUUUCUGGAAGAAGGAUUUUGACGAGAAUCUCGAAUAUAUGCGGCGGGCGGCGCUCCCCUGGCAGAAAAGCGAAGGUGUCUCGGGCGACCAAGACAUGGCACACACGGCCGACUGCCUGUACCAUCUCAGCCGGAUCGCCAUGAACGCGGACAUCUUUGACUGCCAGAUUUUCGCGGGCAUCAAGAGGCUGUUUGGCAAAGUCGUGACCAACGCCGACUAUGAGAGGGUCAAAUGUAAGCUCUUCGACUGGGCCAAAGGGCCCAGUGCGAGGGUCGGGGUCUUCCAUGCUCUGCAGCUCCUGAGGUCGGUCAUCCUACCUGCCAAGGGUGGAUCCAGGAAGACGUACAAUGCCCGCGAGGAUCACCUGAUGAUGCGGCCGUGGGCGCUCUACUUCGCCGCGCUGGUUGUCUGGUCGUACGGAUUCGCCUUGGACGGCGUUCUCAGACCGUUUCCGAGCCUGCUGCAACCCGAGACCUCACCGGGAGCGGCCUCGACACUCUCCCACGGUUCCAACCAGUCGAUGCUCAACAUGGCGCACGAUGGCAGCGAGUUCCAAGUCGAAAUGGUGGUGAAAGACGCCCUUGCGUUCCUGCAGACGGUGGGUGCAGUGAAGACCCCGCAGCAGCUGGAGACGAUCAAGGACGGCCGAAACAACGUCGUCGGCGUGUUGACGAUCUUGGAGACGGCUUUUCGAAAUUCGCGGUGGGAGCUGCUGCAUGAGGCCGCGGGACUCCUUCGCAAUGCAGUCAUGUUGCUGCGCGGAGCGAGUCGACAAUGA